CGUUGCUCUUCCGGCUACAUGAGGAGGUGGCAGGACAAAACAAAAGCUCCACAUUUCUAUAGGCGCUGGUCGCUUUUUAUAAACCAAGACGUGAAGAUUCACCAUCCCUAUCGAUUUCCAAUCAGCUGCAACAUUAUAUAAAGUUUUUGCACCAUGCCCAGUAGCACGUCUUUGCUGGAGGCCGACGAGGGAGAGUCGGAGGUCCCACCGCCGCUAGUGCACGCUUUCGCCGGCAUAGGCCUCGAAGAGAGCGGCACCCAAAGCCAGAGCAGCGAACAAGCCGGCGAGAGCCUCUCCCACCACAACCACCACCAACACCAACUCCCUCCAGCCUCUCAUUUCAGUCUUCUCGGUACGGUUCUAGACUUGAAGCCUCUGUCGCUGCAUCGGCCCCCAUCGGAGGAAGAAGUAAACAUAUCGGCAGCGCCCGACGAUGAGACAGAAGUUGUAGUCGGCGACUCAAACAGCGGGUCCGUUAACGUUAGCAGCACGUUGCUAACACAGGCCCGCCACCACCACGUCCAGUCGGGGCCAGGCGGCUCCGGGAUGCCGUCUGGGAUGGAGCCGCCGCCACCGGCCGAAACCAUCUUGUUAUACAACGGCGACGACCGGGACGAUGCUGGCGGCCUACAACCGGCUAACAGCGGGAUGUUGAUUUUACCGUCUGGGGUGUACGGGGAACCGAGCUACGAGGCCGAGCCGUCGCUGAUGAUGCGGCGAAAGAGCGUCAACACCACCGAGUGUGUGGCGGUGCCGAGCUCCGAGCACGUCGCCGAGAUCGUGGGCAGACAGGGCUGUAAGAUCAAGGCACUCCGAGCCAAGACCAACACCUACAUUAAGACACCAGUAAGGGGUGAGCAGCCUGUCUUUGUCGUAACUGGACGUAAGGAAGACGUGGCCAUGGCCAAGAGAGAGAUACUGUCUGCAGCCGAGCACUUCUCCCUCAUCAGGGCCUCUCGAAACAAGGCGGGCCCUCUGUCUGCUGUAGCAGGCCCUGGACUUCCAGGGGCCCCUGCUCUGCCAGGCCAGACAACCAUCCAGGUGCGGGUGCCAUAUCGUGUUGUGGGGCUGGUCGUGGGUCCCAAAGGGGCGACCAUCAAACGCAUCCAGCAGCAGACACACACCUACAUUGUGACGCCGAGCCGCGACAAGGAGCCAGUGUUUGAAGUCACUGGGAUGCCAGAGAACGUGGAUAGAGCGAGGGAGGAGAUUGAGGCUCACAUCGCGCUCCGCACUGGCACCUGCGGUGGCAUGGAGGUUCCCGGUGCAGAUGACAAUGACUUCCACUUUAACGGGACAGACGUCAGCUUCGAGGGUUCCACAGCACCAGUGGGUUUGGGAGAGGCGGCGUGGCUUCAGACGAAUGCAUCAUCGCCCAGUGGUGGCAUGCCGCCAAUGAGCAUCAACGGUACUCAGCGAAUCAACAGCAAUAUUAACAAUGGUGUCAGGAUGUCUUCCACCUACCGUAACGAUAGCUCCAGCUCCCUCGGCAGCGGCUCCAGCUCAGCUGAUUCAUUCUAUGGUAGCGGGAAUGGUAACCGGAUGGCUGAUUUCAGCCCAACCUGUCCAUUUAAUGCCAAUGCUAACAACAACAACAACAGUAAUGGUGGAGGUACAAGUUUCUGGUUUGGAGAGAGCCUUCUUCCUGUUGGGUCUGAAGAGCUGGUUGGCCUGGGAGGUGGAGGUCCAUCCUCAGGAUUUGACCCCCUCACCAUCUCCACUGCCCCAGGCUCACACACUCUGCCACAGCCCCACAUCUGGAGCCCUUUCGUGGACCACCAAGGCAUCCAGGCCUUUGAUGCCCGUCAAACUCAGACCAGUCAGCCAGGAACUCCCCGCCUUUCCCCAACCUUCCCUGGGACCGAAGCCCUAGAGCACCCCAAGGCCCAACGCGUUCACCGAGGGCCCUUUGGUUCGGCCGGAGCCCUUGAUUCCCACAGGUUCCCCGCCUACGGCCCUGCCUUCUCUUCUUCCAGCGAAAGCACCACUUCUGCCUCCUCUUCCUCCCCUCCCGAGUCCUCCCUCUCCUACCGGCCUGGGCUGGUAUCUGCAGGGAGAGGACAGGAGAUCUGUAUCCACUGUAUGGAUAGGCAGGUGAUCGCUGCCUUGGUUCCCUGUGGGCAUAACCUCUUCUGUCUCGAGUGUGCCACCCAGAUAUGCCAGGGUCCAGACGCCGUAUGCCCUGUGUGCCUCUCUCCGGUCACGCAGGCCAUACAGCUCCGUAACAUCUGAUUUUAACCCGUUCACCUGUAGUGAAGUUGCCCUUGAUGGCUGACGAGGGUUCAGCAUCCUCACUGCUUCCUACUCUAACUUAUAACCCAGAUGGGGAAAUUACAAAUCUGACCCUGUAAUCAGCAUCUAGGUGCAUCCUCACCCAACACAGUUUUUUCCAAGCUGGUGUAUGAUUGACAGAGGAAAGGGAGAAUAGUCUAAGUAAGGAAAGAUUUGUAUUUAUGGCAUGGGUUAGGGUGUUUAGCCCAUACAUGUGCCUGCUUUUGUGAAGUCUUCUUCCUAGAUUGAUUAUUCAUCAGUGGAGGGUCAGAACCCCUCUAUGUAGCAUCGGGUGGGGUGGGAUUCCUUUCUCUGCUCAUGAUUUUUAGAUUUUUAUUUUUUCUCCUUGAAACAUUUAGUGAUCGGUUUCUGCCUACCUAUAUUUUUUUUAUUAUUAUUUUUUUUUUCUUUAAGUAUAUACUUUGAAUUCCUUUUGACAAGUUCAUCUGGCUUUUGGGUCAAUGUUUUUUUUUUCCCUUGACAUCUCAAAGUUUUACUUUUUUUGUUGUUUUUAAUUUUGCUGCUAAAAUUGUUUAUAUUACUGAAAUUCUAGCCCUGUCCCAUUGCCUCUCAUUCAUAGUGCUUAACGGCAGGAACCGUGAAGGAGAAAAAGAGGAAGGAGUCACUGAGCAUGUUUACAUAUCCUGACCACAGGUAUACAUGAAUACAUGCAUUACAUAUACAUUACCAGUAUUCUCAUGAUUUGCAUUGCAUCUGAACUAGCUACCGUGAACUGGAGACAGUGCACACAUGCUUCAUUACCUUGGCUACUGCCUCUAUAGCUCAAAUCCUAUUUGUGUUUGCCAUAAUCAGCCCAGAAUGGUAUCUGUGAUAUUGUAAAUGGGAUAUGUUUACACUUGCCGGAUUUUUCUUGAGUAUUUCCAGUGGUAAGAGAUUGAUGAGCAUGCAAACACACCCACGGCGGCUUUUUAAAAAUGAAGUGGGUUAAACCUGCUACUGCAAAAUUGCCACACUCCAAAGGCAACAUCCCAUUGCCUCAGUGACCCCCUCCUUCUCUUUACUUCCUAGACCAGAACCAACAAGUGGCUAACUCCUCAUAUUUGUACCAGGAUAUUACACCACGUCACUACCACCAUGUCGCUUUCCAUCGCUACUUUAAAGAACUCUGUUUACAGUGAACUUGUGCCUAAUUCCAUUCUGAGUAAUCAAAACAAACAACUGGUUCAGUGGACACACAUUGUUGUUGCCAUGUCUUAAGACAAACCUGUGGCCUUUCUUGAAAGCCUGUAAUUAACUGACAACACUAUCUCCAAAUCCAGAUCUAUGCUCGAAAGAACUCACACUGACAAAAGACUGAAGUGAAGACUUAACAUACUGAAGUUCAAUUUCUGAAAUGCGUUUUGGCACUAAAAAAUUUCUUUGUCCAUUGCCUUAUAAUGGACCAAAGUUUAUCACAUAUAUAUGAUUUCCCCCCCUUUCUUUGAGAGGCUUUUAAAAAUGCUUACCACCUAUUAUCCUUUGUUACACACUCGCAGGGAUGCAUUUUUUUGUGUUUUCAUUACCUAACACUCCACUUAAUUUUAUUUUUUCUCUUUUCUGAUUAUUUUUUUUUUUGCCCUUUCUUGUUUUCAUUUUAGCUUUUUUUUUUUUGGCAUUUAUCCUGAUCACAUACCUGCUUGGGAAAUCAUGCCCUGAUUUUAUGAUCAGUCAUCAAGGUGUGCACAACUCAUCAACUUUAGCAACAUUCUGCUUUCCCUGAAUUGAAGUCACUGAAGUAAUAGGUAUAUCAUAAUAAUGUACAAGGGUUUUCUUCUAUUCAGACAAAUGAAGAGAAUGAGCUGUUCAUACCUGCUUGACAGUUUCCACUGUGGCUCGUCUUCCUCAGAAGCGUCAUCUGACGUAUUGCUGACAUGUCAUUUAUCAGCUGAUCGGCCACGCCCCCCUCUCCUUAGGUGGUCUUUGGAGCACGGAAUCCCAGGUGUGCGAGAGGGUGUAUGCCCCCUCGUCCCGGUUGAUGGUGCCGUUUGCCCGCUUCCUGAUUUCUAUAGCCUCUUUUAUCCAACGUUUGAAUUUGUUGGUUUCCGAUGUGAUGAUUUUUCCAUUGUCCCGGUCCAUGAUGUGGCUGUUUCUCCUGCAGUGAUCUGUGAUGGCUGAUUUUAAAUUUUCUUGUCAGAGUCUGUCGGCCGACAGACUCUGACAGGUCUGUCGGGCCGAUCAGCUGAUAAAUGACACAUCAGCAAUACGUCGGAUGACGCUUCUGAGGAAGACUGGAGCCACAGUCGAAACUGUCAAGCGGUAUGAACAGCUCAUUCUCUUCAUUUGUCUGAAUAGAAGAAAACCCUUGUAUAUCGCAAUAGAAGACAAAAUGAACUUAAUCAGUUGGAUAUCAUAAUAAUGGUUAAUUGACACUGAAAUCUCAGUGAGGAACUACGAGAGCUGAUAUUCUGUGGAACCAAGGCUGUAAUUUGGAGCAUUUCCCUAUACUAUGCAGCUGGGCUGUCGACAUUUCAGCCAUAUCAAUAGCAUCCUUUGCUUUCACGUGAAUGUCGCUGCUCCCACCUGCGGCCAUCUUGUUGCAGCCGUUUUGUGUCCCUGCAUUCAGUGGGCGAAAAAUUGUUGGCUGCUUGUUGCUCUCUCUGUCUAUAUACUUCCCAUUUCUUGUCUGCCAUCAGGCCUAUGCAAAAGUGGAUUCAAAUAUGUACCGGAGGAAGCAUUUGGUUUUAUUUACUUUGAGCAGUAGAUCAAUCAGGUACUCCUCAAGGGUUAUUAAUUACAGCGCUCAAACAACUCACAAGCUUCAGGCCAGAGACAGGUGAUCUUGGACUUAUGGACAGACACAUCCCUUAUAUAUUUUUUUCCCCUCCACAUCCCACUACAGUUCUGCCCAGGUUAGCCCUCAUAGCCUGCCCUGGUACACUGAUGAGAUGAGCUCCUCUCUCAUUGGUACACAGUUACAUCGCUAUACUCAUAGUCGGAGUUGCCUUCUCAUAUGUCAUCCACUUACUUUCUAUUAUCCUGUGCCCUACUAAGCACAAACUUCUCUUAUCACACUAUUGACUAACAACAUUCAGAUACGUUCUGAGUUUUGUUUUCCCCCUUCAAAGUGUGCUUUUGUUCGUUCCUCUGCUUUGGAAGUAAAGGAAAGGUACAUUUUGGUGGAAAUCAUCUCAAACCCUAGCUUUAAACACCAAUGUUGCUCGACUUUUGUUUUGAGUGAACGAAUUCAUGCAUGUUUUCAAGGGGAAGCAGUUUAAAUGAGAUCGUCGUGGACUGUGUGUACACUACAUAAGGUCAAUACUAUUGCUUUACUGUGUGGCAGAGUAGUUUGGACAUUGGACCACAGUCCCUAUAGCAUUCCAGCUGUAACUGGGGUCAAAAUAGUAUUUGGGAGUAGCUUGAUAGCUUAGAUCUUGUUCUUAAUUUUCUGAUUCUUUCAUGAAUGAUUGAGCUUUUCUGAGGAGAUGGAACCAAACGAGUCCCAAAAGUGCAAAAAAAAAAAAAAAAAAAAAAAAAAAAACCCAACAACCCCACCUGCUUCUCCGAACAGCCAAGCUCGAUCAAACGCUUGUAAAAUAUUUGAUUGAGUUGGACUUGAUUAGUUACCCCCUCUUCCUUCCCUUGGGCCUUCUAUCCGUCCGUUUAUUUUAAAGUCACAGCUCUCUGAAGGGUUGAUCUCUUGUGCUCUCUUUUUCUCUCUCUGAGGGAAUGCAAUACGCUGUCGGCCCUCAGUUUUCUUGACAUGAAUCUAUUGACAUUUUUGUGUAUGUAUUAUAUUAUUACUGUUAAUGACUGAUAAAUAUACAGAACUUAUUUUUUAUUUUGUUACAUUUCAUAUAUAUAAAUAUAUCAAUAUAUUAAAAUGUUUACAAUAAGAAUUUUUUUGAAUUUUUUUUUUUUUUUUUAAAGACUUUUCUCUAGUUGAGUAAGUGUGCGAAGAGUUGGAAACCCAGAAAGUGUUGCAGGAGGGUCUCAGUGCUAUUUGCUUAUAGUCUAGUUAUUAGUUUACAGUAUUGAUGAUCUAGUAUUGAUAGCUGCCGUUUAACCUAGUGGAAAUGGAAUGUGCAUCACGAGCAUGUCUUCAUAAUGUAUCGCCAAUGUAAAACGUCACACUGCAACUGUAAAAGGCCAAGGAUCUAAGCUGCCUGUCAUGUCUGUACGCCACCAAAUUAAGAAUGGUAUACUGUAAAAUGUAUCUUAGAUAUCUAUAUAAAUACAUACAUAUAUUGUUAAGCUGUAUCAACAGUUUAAAGUAUUUGCUAAUUUUACUACACUUUUGUUAUGUAUAUGUAGGGGGAGUCUUAUGGCAUAUAAAUUCUUCAAAUUGAGUCAGGAGUUUAAAAAGCAGACUAUAUUUUAUGAUAACGGCCUUUUAAGUUAUUGCGGCCAAAGCACUGAUAUUAUAUAUUUGCUGUAAAGAGAAUUUAAGAGUUUUAUUUUUCUGAUAUUAAAGUUACUUAAUAAAGACGGUUUCAUUUAAAGCCA